AUGGGAGACACUUUCAGAUCUCACACGGCCGAAGUCGAGGAACUUCAAGUAUGUUAUGAAGGAAAGGAAAUUUGGAGGGUGACCACAACUGAGGCUGGAGCUGUCGCCCUACCUUCAAACAACCUUCAAGAGACAGAUCUAACGAAAUCAAACAUUCAGCAUUCGAAAGAAGUAGUCCCUGCGACACUGAGAUAUUCUAAAACAAUCAGAAGGUGGCAAAGGAUGAACAGAAUGGCUGCAAACAUCAUCUUAAAAUCACAUCUGGAAGCAGUACCAACACUAGGGCACUCGGCUAAGGUUGCAAGGGUCAUCUCAGUCCCUGAAAACAAGGCCAAGGAGCCCGACAUAAGGGUCUCUAUUACUAGGACGCAACAAGAUACCAAGGAUCCUAGUGGUGGGCGGGAGACUAAGGUUGCAAGGGAUUGCAGGAGCUAUUGGCCGCAAUAUGCCAUACAUAAGUGUUCCCAGAACGAGAAGAGAACCCUGAUUAGCAUCGUGCUGACCGUGACACUGAAGGCCGAACAAGAUAGAUGACCUUCUUCACAGCAAGGCAAUCAGUUGGAUCAGGGGAAUACCCGAUCCUACAAGGAUGCUGCAGCUGAAAGGGCACUGCAGAUGGUUAUAAUGGAGAGCCAGGAGAGUGAGCCUAUCACACUGGAUGAGGCACAACUCAUAUGCAGGCUCCUCAUAGCUGAAAUCAACCUUAGGGAUUGGCUACUGGACUACCAGAGUAACCUGGACUACCAGAGUGGCUUCUUGAGAAUCCUGGACUACCAAAAUGAGGACCUGGUUGGUAUAUCGAGAUGGCAGUACUUAGGAACUGAGGGUGACCCAGGACACCUGAGAGCGGUGUUUAAGGUGCCCAGCAUCUCAAUGGCAUGA